CCGCAGGGCAGGGCUGGCUGCGCUGGGGGUGGUGGCGAUUGUGUCCCAGCCAGGGAAAGGCCGCAAGGCACUCUGGUUCCCUCAACCUCCGUCUCGCGGUGGGUGCCCCCCUCUAGGGUAGCGGGCGUGGUGGGCUCUUUCCGGUCUUGGCAAGGGCUCUGCCACGGCUGCGGGCCAUGUCCAGGGUCCGCACACACAGCGUCUGCAGAGCCCUGGAGGAAAGGAGAGCCCCGCGCGCUACCAGCCCCGCGCGCCACCACUGAGAAUUCAAGGUCCCUGAUCCAAAGAAAAGGGCACAGAUGCAAACUGGAGGAACAGAGGCCAAGAUUUUUAUCCCUGCUUUUAGUUGCGUAUUGGACACUUAAAGGUGGAAAAAAAGAGUCUAAGUCCUUGUUCAUUGGAAGACCUGGUAUCUUCAUUUGAAAAUGUGGAAGCUGGAGAGGAAAAAAGAAAAGAAAGAUGGGGCAUAUCUCAUGAAAAUCAAAAGGAAAUUAGUAAUGAGACCCAAGGCAUGAAAAUCAGAAACUUUCCAGAUGACUUCCAGUAAUGACCAGAUUUGGAUCUCAAUGUUACAAAGGAAACCCAGUGACCUGCCUUGGAUGACCUCCAGUGACAUGCAGACGUUUUCUGAAGGGCCUGUGUUGAGUUUUCAUAACAUCUGCUAUCGAGUAAAAGUGAAGAGUGGCUUUCUCCUUGGUUGGAAAACAGUUGAGAAAGAAAUACUAUCCAAUAUCAAUGGGAUCAUGAAACCUGGCCUCAAUGCCAUCAUGGGACCCAGAGAUGGAGGCAAAUCCUCGUUGUUGGAUGUCUUAGCCGCAAGGAAGGAUCCACAUGGAUUAUCUGGAGAAGUUUUGAUAAAUGGAGCACCUCAACCAGCCAGUUUCCCAUGUCAUUCAGGUUAUGUAGCACAAGAUGGUGUUGGGAUGGGCACCCUGACAGUGAGAGAAAAUUUACAGUUUGCAGCGGCUCUUCGGCUUCCAACAACUAUCUCAAAUCACGAAAAAAAUGAGAGGAUCAACAAACUCAUUCAAGAUUUAGGUCUGAGUGAAGUGACCAAUUUUAAGGCUGGAACCCAGUUUGUAUCUAGAGGAGAAAGAAAAAGGACCAGCAUAGCAAUGGAGCUGAUCACGGAUCCUCCCAUCUUGUUCCUGGAUGAGCCCACAGCUGGUUUAGACUCGAGCACAGCAAGUGCUGUCCUUUUGCUCCUGAAAAGCAUUUCUGAGCGAGGAAGAACAAUCAUCUUCACCAUUCAUCAGCCUUGCUACUCCAUCUUCAAGCUGUUUGACAGCCUCACCUUAUUGGCCUCAGGAAAACUCAUGUACCACGGUCCUGCCCAGAAGGCUCUGGAGUACUUCGAAUCAGCAGGUUACCAGUGUGAGCCCUACAACAAUCCUGCAUACUUCUUUCUGGACAUCAUUAAUAGCGACUCCUCUGCUAUAGUGUUAAAUGGAAAGGAAGAGGACUGUGAAGCCAACAGGGCUGAACAGUUUUCCAAGAGAAAAAAGCCAGUCGUAGACACAUUAGCGGAAUUUUAUGCCAACUCCUUCUUCUACAAAAACACAGAAGCUAGAUUACAGGAGCUCUCAGAUGGUCAGAAGAGGCGCUCAGGCUUUAAGGAGAUCACUCAUGUCACCUCCUUCUGCCAUCAGUUCAGAUGGAUUCUCUGGCGAGCAUUCAGAAACUUUCUAGGUUUCCCCUCGGUCACUCGUUGUCAGAUGUUUGGCGUAGCCAUUCUGGGAUUGAUUGUAGGUGCCACAUUCCUUGUGCUAAAAAAUGAUUGUACUGAAAUCCAGAAUAGAGCCUGGGCACUCUACGUGCUGGUUGUCGUCCAGUGUUUAAGCAGUGUGACAGCUGGGGAGAUCUUUGAGCUCCAGAAGAAAAUUUUCAAACACGAGUACCUCAGUGGAUACUACAGAGUGUUGCCUUAUUUCCUUGGGGAACUGUUAUCUGAAUUAAUACCCCGGAGGUUGUUUCCAACUAUUAUAUUUAAUUCUAUACUAUACUUCAUGUUAGGGUUGAAACCAGGUGUGGGGGCUUUCUUCACGUUGAUGAUUAUUGUUUUGCUGGUGGCUUAUGCCACCGGUACCAUGGCAAUGAUCCUGGGAGCAGGAGAGAAGGCGAUGGAAAUAAAGACAUUUCUUGUGACUGUCUAUUUUGUGUUUAUGAUGGUCAUCUUGGGUAUGACACUGAAUUUUGGCACCACAACACCUUGGCUCUCAUGGUUUGAGUACUUGAGUAUUCCUCAUUAUGGCUAUAUGAAGGCUAAAUCUCUGAAGAUGUCUUCUAAUAAUGACCAGGUUGUUAUCCCAAUGCUACGAAGACACACCAAUGGCCUCCCUGAGAUGAUCUCUGCUGAUGGGGAGACAAUUACCCAAGGAGCUGUGUUGAGUUUUCAUAACAUCUGCUAUAGAGGACAAGAGAAGAGAGGCUCUCUACUGCGACGAAGAAUAGUUGAGAAAGAAACUCUAUGGAAUAUCAGUGGGAUCAUGAAACCUGGCCUCAAUGCCAUCAUGGGACCCCCAGGUGGAGGCAAAUCCUCGUUGUUAGCUAUCUUAUCUUCAAGGAGAGAUCCAUGUGGUUUAACUGGAGAAGUUUUGAUAAAUGGAGUACAUCAGCCUGAGAAUUUCAGAUAUAAUUCAGGUUAUGUGGUACAAGAUGAUGUUGUGGUGCACACCCUGUCAGUGAGAGAAAACUUACAGUUCUCAGCAGCCCUUCGACUUCCAACAACUAUGACAAAUCAGGAAAAAGAUGAGAGGGUUAACGAUAUUAUGAAAGAGUUAAAGCUGGAUGGAGUGGCAAAUUCCAAGGUUAGACCUAGAGAAUUACGAAAAAGGACUAGUAUCGCUGUGGAGCUGAUCACUGAUCCUGCCAUUUUGUUCCUGGAUGAGCCAACAACUGGUCUAGACCCAAGCACUGCAAAUACUGUUUUUUCACUCCUAAAAAGCAUUUCUGAGCAGGGAAGAACAAUCAUCUUCACCAUUCAUCAGCCUCGCUACUCCAUCUUCAAGCUGUUUGACAGCCUCACCUUAUUGGCCUCAGGAAAGCUAAUGUACCACGGUCCUGCCCAGAAGGCUCUGGAGUACUUCGAAUCAGCAGGUUACUCUGGUGAGGAAUACCAAAACUCUGCAGACUUCUUCCUAGACAUCAUCAAUGGAAACGUCCCUCCUAUAAACAGAGAGGAAGAAAAUGAAGCCGAGGAGACUGAACAGCUUUUGCAGAGAGAAAAACCAGUAAUAGAAGCAUUAGCUGAGUUUUAUGCCAACUCGGCCUUCUACAGAGACACAGAAGCUGAAUUAGAGCAUCUGUCAGGGGGUCGGAAUAGCAGGAGUUUGGCCUUCAGGGAGAUGACCUGUGUCACCUCCUUCUUUCAUCAACUCAGAUGGAUUUUCUGGCGUUCAUUCAAAAACUUGCUGGGUUUCCGUUCGGUCACUCUUCGUCAGGUGUUUGCCACAAUCGUUCUGGCAAUAGUUGUAGGUGGCACUUUUAGGGUGCUCAAAAAUGAUUGUACUGAAAUCCAGAAUAGAGCCUGGGGACUCUAUGUGCUGGUUGUCUUCCAGUGUUUCGGCAGUGUGACAGCUGGGGAGAUGUUUGAGCUUGAGAAGAAACUCUUUAAACAUGAGUAUAUCAGUGGAUACUACAGUGAAAAAUCUUACUUCUUUGGAAAACUGUUAUCUGAUUUAAUACCCAGGAGGAUUUGUCCAAGUUUUAUAUUUACUUUUAUACUAUCCUUGAUGUUAGGGCUGAAAUCAGAGACAGGGGAUUUCUUCAUGACGAUCUUUAUUGUUUUGCUGGUGGCUUAUGCUACCAGCUCCAUGGCGCUGGUCCUAGGAGCAGGUGAGAAGGCAAUGGAUGUAAAGACAUUUCUGGUGAACAUCUACCUUGCGGUUAUGACGAUUUUCUUGGGUAUAACUCUGAAUUUUGAAAUGGUAAAGCCUUGGUUGUCCUGGCUCCAGUACUUCAGUAUUCCUUACUAUGGUUAUAUGGCUUUGCUGCAUAAUGAAUUUUUGGGACGAAACUUCUGUCCAGGACUUAGUCCAACAGAAAGCCGUGGCUGUGCCAGCUAUGUGAUAUGUACAGGAGAAGAAUACUUGACAAUGCUUGGCAUUGAUCUCUCACCUUUGGGCUUGUGGAAGAAUCUUCUGGGUUUAGCUUGUAUGAUAAUUUUAUUCCUCAUAAUUACCUACCUAAAAUUGAUAUUUCUUAAAAAUCAUUUUUAAAUCCCCCUUAAUUUUCUAUAAAUUGCUCUCACAUUAAAAGCAGCACCUUGACUUAAGCAUCCAA